UGUAGAGGCUGGAGGAAAUACCUGAACAUGUGGAACCCCAAUGCCGGGCAGCCAGGACCAUAUCCACACCCCGCUAACAUCGGGUGCCCUGGAGGUUGCAAUCCUGCCCAUCCACCACCUGCCACCCCUACCUUUCCUCCAGGCCCCUUUCCCACUCCCCCAGGAGCACCCCAGGGGAAUCCAGCCUUUCCCCCUGGUGGGCCCUGUCAUCCUGUGCCACAACCAGGGUAUCCAGGAUGCCAACCCUCAGGUCCCUACCCCCCUCCAUACCCACCACCUGCCCCUGGCAUGUGUCCUGUGAAUCCAUUGGCUCCUGGCAUGGUAGGACCAGGAAUGGUGAUUGACAAGAAGAUGCAAAAGAAAAUGAAAAAAGCUCAUAAAAAGCAGAAACACCACAAACAUGGCAAGCAUUCCUCCUCCUCCUCCUCCUCUUCCAGCAGUGACUCUGACUGAAUACAGGGCCUGGACCCUUCCCUCAAGUCUCUCCAGUCCUGCUCUCCCAUCAAGUU